UUAAAUUGGGAGUUCCCUUCGGGUGGACACCAGCAAUUAAUUGGUCCGUGCGUUUUACUCCGACGCCAUUCAAUUCAAUCCCAUUCCGUCAAUCCAAACAUUUAGCAUACAGUAAGUAGUACUAGUACUAGUACUCAACAUAGUCCACUAGACACGAGUCCCGCAGAAACACAGUACCUGGUUUAGAAUUAACAUUGGUCCAUUCCUCAGCCGUGUGGAGCAUCUGUUGACAGAAAUGAUCUCCAAUCAACAAAAUACGGGAUUUAAUACCUAUGACUGCUACCAACCCCGCAGCAUGGAAACGUUAAAGCUCCUCUCCAUCUCUCGGAACUUUACUCCAAAACAAGUUGUCUAUCUCCCUUCUUUCGCCUCUAUAUCCCUAGUUCCCACUUUACAGCCUCUUCUUUCUCUAUCGCAACCAUGCCUGGACGUCUAGAAGGUAAAGUAGCCAUCGUGACAGGAGCAGGCUCAGGCUUCGGUCACGGUAUCGCAAAGAAGUUUGUUGAAGAGGGCGCCAAAGUAAUCAUCGCCGAGUUAUCCAAGGAGAACGGCGAAAAGGUAGCGACAGAGCUAAGCAGCAAGUUCGUCUUCGCAGACGUGACCAGCCGAGAAUCCUGGCGGACAUUGCUUCAAACCGCACUGGACACAUACGGCAAGCUCGAUAUCGUAGUCAACAAUGCCGGAGCAACCUACUCCAAUAAACCCACAGGCCAAGUCACCGAUGCCGACUUUGACUUAUGCAUGAAUGUCAACGUGAAGUCGAUCUAUCUCUCCGCGAACGUCAUCGUGCCUUAUUUCGAGCAGAAUAACCACCCCGGAUGCUUUGUGCAGGUUUCUUCCACUGCUGCUCUUCGUCCGCGCCCCGGCCUGACUUGGUAUAAUGCGUCCAAGGCGGCUGUAUGCACUGCGACCAAAACAAUGGCCGUUGAGUAUGGCCCGAAGAAGAUCCGGUUCAACUGCGUUUGCCCUGUCGUUGGUAGUACUGGAAUGACGCAUCUGUUUCUUGGAAAGCCAGACACAGAAGAAAAUCGGGCGGCGUUUGUGUCCACCGUCCCCUUAGGACGUCCUAGUACUCCGGUGGAUGUUGCCAAUGCCUGCAGCUUCCUUGCAAGUGAUGAGGCGGAGUUUAUCACUGGAGUGGACUUGGAGGUUGACGGCGGUCGCUGUGUCUAGUCGCUGUUUAUAGUGGAUUGGCUGAUUAGUAUGCGUA